UUAAACAGUACCGUGUCCCUUUAAAAACGUCUGACAAAAAAGCCCAUAUGAUCCCUGAGCUCCAAUCACCAAUUCCUUCUGCAAAAGCAGCCUCUGCAUUUUUGUCUGUCUGAAUGCUACAGCAGCACGGGGGGGAAAAAAAGAUUGAGGAUAAGGCAAAAAAAAAAAAAAAAAACUGGAGAAAUGUGACAAUCCAACGGUCAUUUUCAUGGCGAGGGGGAAACUGGUGCGAAAGGAGUUAUUCUGGGACUCCUUUGAGCCUCGAAACGCUGGAUCAAAAUGCUCAUAGUGGAGAAAACCACAGACUUCCCCUCUGCUGAGUUCUCUCUAGUGGAGGAUGUGGCUCUGCACUUUACCUGUUUGAUGGACAGGCUGAAUGAGCAGCGCCUCUUCCAGCCUGACCUGUGUGACGUUGACAUUGUUCUUGUGCGUCAGCACAGCACCUUUCCGGCCCACAAGGGUGUGCUGGCAGCUUACAGCCCUUUCUUCCACUCGCUUUUUGCCCAAAGCAAACAGCUGCGGCGGGUAGACCUGUCGCUGGAUGCCCUGACCUCUCAGGGCCUUCAGCAAAUCCUCAACUUCAUUUACACCUCCAAACUGCUGGUGAGCAGCCGCACUGUCCGCGACGUGCUCAACGCCGCUACCCUGCUUCAGAUGAGCGACAUCGCAGCCUCCUGUCACGACCUUAUCAGCAGUCACUCGCUGAGAACCACCUGCACAGAUAUGGCCAAUCAAGAAGGGCAUGCCAGCAGUGAGCCGGCUUCUGUAGCGAUGUCCCCCAGCCAGAUGUACCGCGAGAUCAAACAGGAGUCAGAGCUCGGCAGGGUGUACACGAGAGAAGGAAACAGCCCUUUUUCUGUCAGAGUAGAAGAGACGGGCAAGACGGCUUCUCAGGCAAAGCAGUACUACCAGAAGGAGGAAGGCUUGGGAAGUGGGGCUGGCACAGGUGUGGCUGGUUUGUGUAAAGUGGAAGGAAAUGGAGAGGAGUCAAAGACAGCAGAUGGCCACGCCUCCUUCAACAGAGAUCAGAUCAUCGUCGAAGUCAACCUUAAUAACCAGACUCUUAACGUCUCAAAGGGAUCAGAGGGCAAAUCGGCGACUUCUACAGAGACUUCCACCAUGUUUGGCCGCUGCCGUAACAAUCAGCAAGACUCAGAGGGCGAUGAAGAGAAUGAAGUGGAGAACGAUGAUGCAGAUGGAGAAGAGGAUGUUGACGACUUGAAGAGGGGUGACAUAUUGGGGCAAAGUAGUGAAGAGGAAGAUGAGGAGGAGGAUGAAGAAGAAGAGGAAAACACCCUCAACAUUCCAGGCUUGGAGCAGCCAGCCAUUAUGGAUCGACCUCGUCGGGGCACCAGAGCCUUGGCUAUGGCUGGUACCACUGCCUCUCUGCGGCAGACGCUUGCAGAGGCCACGCUGGCCAACCAGCGGCAGGGCGGGAAGAGGGCGCUGGACCCGGAGGGCCUGGGCCAAAAAGUGAGGCUGGAGGAGAAGCAACAUUACCCAUGUAAAAAGUGUCCUCGCAUCUUCAACAAUCGCUGGUACCUAGAAAAACACAUGAACGUCACUCACAACCGCAUGCAAAUCUGCAAUAACUGCGGAAAACGCUUCCUGCUAGAGAGCGAGCUGCUGCUGCAUCAACAGACUGACUGUGAGAAAAGCAUCCAGUGUGUGACCUGUGGCAAAGCCUUCAAGAAGCUGUGGUCGUUGCACGAGCACAACAAGAUCGUCCAUGGCUACGCCGAGAAGAAGUUCUCCUGCGAGAUCUGUGAGAAGAAGUUUUACACGAUGGCCCAUGUCAGGAAGCACAUGGUCGCCCAUACGAAGGACAUGCCAUUCACCUGUGAAACGUGUGGGAAAUCAUUCAAGCGCAGCAUGUCCCUGAAGGUUCACUCUCUACAGCACUCAGGAGAGAAACCCUUCAAGUGUGAGAACUGCAGCGAGCGCUUCCAGUACAAAUACCAGCUCCGCUCCCAUAUGAGCAUCCACAUCGGACACAAGCAGUUCAUGUGCCAGUGGUGCGGAAAGGACUUCAACAUGAAACAGUACUUCGAUGAACACAUGAAAACACACACUGGAGAAAAGCCGUACAUCUGUGAAAUCUGUGGGAAGAGCUUCACGAGCCGGCCCAACAUGAAGCGCCACCGCCGCACCCACACCGGAGAAAAGCCAUACCCGUGUGAGGUGUGCGGCCAGCGUUUCCGCUUCUCAAACAUGCUCAAGGCCCACAGGGAGAAGUGCUUCCGCGUCACCAACCCCAUGGUUCCCGACGGCAACGGUGACCCCCUGGGCCUCGACCGGCCCUUGGCGCCACCCGCUGCGGACUCUUCCGGUCAGGCCCAGCUGGGCACGGCACUCCCUGCCACGUCCGUGACUACACCCGCUGCUGCCUCUAGCCCCCACCCCCUCCACGGCACCCAGCUGUCCCUCCCCCUGCUGCACUCCAUGGGAGGGCUGCCUCCCACCCCGCAUUUACCCCCGCCGCCUCCACUGUUUUCUGCUGGUAGGAUGAACUCCAACAACUAACAAAUCUCUGUAGCAUUGAAAGCACUUUGUUACUUUUUGUUUUAUUGUUUUUCUUUGAGCUUUUAAGAGGACUCCUGCAGAGGGAGAGUGAUGCGCCUCAGUGACAUUUACACAGAGGGGAAGAACAGAAAAAAAUGCUACAUGGAGGCCUCGUCAAAAAAAGAACAAAGAACACACACACAUACAGCUACCACAGUAAUAAAUAAUUAUUUUUUACUCUGUUGAAUACAAUAGAUAACCUCAGAGUCCAGUAGGACGUUUCAUCGUUACUUUUCGACUCAUAAAUUUCACAGAUGUGUCCUGGUUUGAUUUGAGAUUUUUUCUGACAACUCGCCUCUCUCCAGAGCCUUGCACAAUGCAUUGAUUGUAGCAUCUUUUACGAAAUGGGAGGAAGCGCUUCCUAAAUCUCCACUCAUACUGGGGUCAUGAGUCGAGGGAGAACCACGUGAUAAUGAGAAGAAAUGAUUUAUUUUUUGUUCUCGGCCAAGAUGUAGCGAGCGGUUCUGGUCAGACCCAGCAAUAACCAAAUGCUGAUUUGUCUUUGAGCGUAUACAUGUAUAUGGCGUUGCCAAUAACCAAAUCCUGUUAGCUCACCUGCUAUAGUUAAGUAAUGUAAUUCAGCAUUUAUAAUCGAUCCUGCACCUUACAUUUAACUCCAGUGAUAUUUAAAGUGUACUCCUAACCGUCUUCGUUUUUAUUAUUGUGAAUAGUGUGUAAUUCGUGGCACGUUACGUCAUUUCUUUUGAUUUUUCUCUAAGGACUUAAGGAGAAGUCGUGGCGCGUGGAGAGUCGGCCGUGCAAUGCAGCGUGUGGUGUUCGUGAUGGUGUGUGUGCGUGUUUGAGAUGUGAGGCAGAGACUUGAGAUAACAAUCCUCAGAUCAACGUUUAGCUAAUCAACAUGCGAGCUUCCCCGAGUCAGGAGAUGGAGUAAUUUGUCGACUCUAAUCUUUUUUUUGUUUUUUGCUUUUUUUUUUGGCUUACAUUAAGCAGGCGUGCAUCGUCUCCUGCGAGAUCUGGCUCUGAGAUGUUAUGGCACUUUUCUGUGACUUGUUAGUAAAACCUGAUGUACUCUGACCUACAAUAUACGUGUAGGAUGAAAUUCAAUGUUACUGUUAUUUACUGCUUAUUUUCCCAACUAAACCCUGUCUAUGUGUUAGAUGAGUGUAGGGAGAGCAAUGUUCAGAAAAACGUGCUUACGUAGCCGAAUCAAAUGGCCACAUUUCAUUGCAAUAACAUGUAAUCCGUGUUGUGAAGUGAUAAAUACUAAAUUAGAAUCUAACAAUUAAAACUCUUAAAGAGUACUGGCAGAGAUACAUUUUGGCGGCCACUAAAAGGAGCCCUUAGUGGCGAAUUAUAUUAUAACAGAGUGAUUUAUUUUUGUUAAAACAGUAACUUGUAGCAGCUAAUUAAAACUGGGGAAGCGCAGCGUAAUACCCCUGAAAAAAGGCUUUGGCUCUGUGUACACUUUUGGCUAUUGUGUGUCAUAACUCUACCAUAGGAGAUCUGGAAAAAAAAUCAAGAUCCGAGUAUAAACUGCUUAAAGGAAUAGGUUGGAAUUAUCUUUAUUUGCGUUCUCGUUGAGAGCUGAAUAAGAAAAUUGGUACCACUCAAAUAUCUUGACUAUUUCUUAACCUGCACACCAUAGUGACCAGAAAUUGUAAGUUUUUAGUACAAAUUUAAGAUAUUUUAUUUGUGAUUUUGGGGUCUUUGGAUGGAAUUUCAUCUGUACACUCACUGGCCACUUCAUUAGCUAUACCAGUAAAUUGGUCAUUAAUGCAAAGAGCUAAUCAGCCCAUCACAUGGCAUGUAGACAUGAGGUCAAGUGGUCAAGUUCAAACUGAGCAUCACAAAGCUGAUUUGAGUGACUUUGAACAUGGUGUGGUUGCUGGAUUCAGACUGGUCAUAGUAUUUCAGUCUGAAAAAGAAUAUAACAUAAAGUAAGCAGCAAUUCGAGGCAUCAAAUAGGCACUUGCUGCACAAAAGGUGUGCAGAAGAGCAUCUCUUAACAUAUUAGCAGCAGAAGACCACACUGGGAGGCACUCCUGUCAGCUAAGAACAGGAAACUGUGGAUACACUGGCUCACCUUUGCCAUUUGGAUAGCAGGGAAGAAUUAGGGAUAAGGAACAUGAAAGCAUGGAUCCAUUCUACCUUGGUGCUGGUGAUGUAAUGGGAUGGUGGAUAUUUUCUUGGCACACUUUGAGCUCCUUAGUAGGAACUGAGCAUCAUUUAAACACCACACCCUACCUCAGUAUUGCUUCUAAGCAUGUCCAUUGCUUCCAGCAGAAUAACAUGCUGUUUCGAAUGAUCUCAGACUGGUUUUUUGAACGUGACAUUGAGUUUAUUGUAGUGAAAUCCACAGUCACCAUAUCUUAACAGAGGUCCAAUAGAGCACCUUUGGGGUGUGGUGCAACAGGAGACUCAUGUCAUGGAUGUAAAGCCAACAAAUCUCCAGCAACUGUGUGAUGCUGUCAUGUCAAUGUUGAAUCUGUGCCAUGAAGAAUUAAGGUGGUUCUGAAGGCAAAUGGGGUCCAACAACAACUAGAAAGGUGUAACUAAAGAAGUGGCUCGUUAAUGUAUUUGCACAGAAAAUGCAGAAUCUGUAGGCAAGUGACGAGGAUUUCGGUACCAGAAUCAUUCUGGUUUUCUUCCAGUCAUCACCAAUUCCCAAGAAAGAAAGCAUAUUCCAAAAUGCAGUUUCAAAACCUUCGUCUUUUAUCAUUUAGUCAGCCUUUAGGAAGCCGUCGCCUAGAUGUGCUGGAAGUGUCAAAAUACUGUCAGUUUUCCCCAAAGAUUAAGUUAGCAGACUAGCUGUUGGUUUUCCUGACUGGGAGAGUGUCACUAUCCUCGGUUUUAUAUCAAAUCAAUUUAAGAGUGGUGCCAAUCGCUUCAUUUAACUCCUAUUUGAAAAUUAAAAUAAGAACUCUUGUUUGACACUUCAGUCGAUUUUGUAUUCGUAUCAGUCUCUGAAUACGCGCUAUCAUUAUGCUCCCGCUCACUUUAUCUACUUAUAGCCUAAUUGUAGUGUGGCAUUAACCUGUAAAUAUUGUUAAGAUGUGCUUCUUCCUUGUGAUUUAUUCCUCAUGUUUACAUUCGGAGAGUCAGUUGAAUGUGCCCCAAAAUGUGUCCUGGCUGGUACUACGGAAAGUUGGAAUUUGUGGACAUGCUUUUGUAAAUGUAAUAAGCUGUUUUAUAUUUAAAAAAAAAUAAGCACCUUCAUGUAGUCUUAUGUCUAAGCUCACCCCAGAUGUAUUUCUUCAAUUUCCACGGUUAAACCGUUAGGGCCACGUCACACCUAAUUUAAUAAUGGUACACUUUGUGUUUUUCUUCAUGUGUCCGAUACCUGUUUUGUAUUUUGGUUUGCUGCUUUUGUACAGAGUCCUGUUUGAGACUGCCCUUUAAAUGAUUUAAAAGUGUAGAGCUCUUGAAUUUAAUGUAACUGAACAAUAAUCUGGCUGUGAUUACAGUGAACUCCAGGAUCGGAAGUUAGCUAGAAAUGAGACAUUUGGAGCACUGUGAGGAGGUAAUGGCCAACAAAGUCAAAUUAAACUUUAUUGUCAUUUGUGACCAUACAGCGAAUAGAGUUGAAUAGUCUCCCUAAUUAAUGUGCAGAAGAAUCUAAAGACAGUGCGCACGUCUAUAAACAUGCAGAAUAUGUAUUUAGCCCUAUGUAAACAAAUGACAACAAGAAUUGCACAAUGUAUGUAUAUAUAUAUAUAAAAAAAGAUGCCAGUUAAGAUUUAAUCUGGUAGGCUGAUUGUUUAGUGCUGUUGCUCUCUUGUGGCAACUCGGUAAACUGCACUCUCCAACCCUUAGAUGUACAUUAAUGUUCAUAGUAUGUGUCUCGUUAUCGUUGGAGAAGCAUGUAAAAGCUCAAAAUUGAGAUUUUUCCCACUUCCCUGUUUUAAGAAGCACUAGCCCAAGAGAAAACAUUGAGAUACCAUGGUUAGAGGUUGUGUGUUUGCCUUACAUAUGGAGGGAUUUGAAUGUUUUUGCGUUAUGGAUAGUGACAGUAGCUGAUGGUAAAGGAGGAGGUAUAGUAGUUUAAACUACUGAUUUAUGCACUUUCGUUUUGUUUGCCACACUACCCCAGAUACAAGUGUUUCCAGAUACAAGGUGAAAAUGGGUAGUAGACAUCGUAAAUUCCAGCAUUAAAUUCCUUUGUGAUGGUUUUUUUUUUUUGUCUUAUUUUUUUUUGUCCAGUGUUGGUCUGAGUUUGUGGUUAGUAAGUUGCACAGGUGUCAGCCCAGAGACUGACCUUAGUUUUGUUUCCCAGAAUAACUUUACUUGCUUGUGGUGUGGCAUGUGGCACACCGAGGAUGAGUCUGCGUUAUGCGUCUCUCAGCUGGUGUUUCUGCAUUCUGGUCAGCCUCUUUUAUACUGUCCCACUGUUUAACAAGUAUCCGUGACUCUUCCUUGAGGGUGCAAUCAGCGCAGGCAGUUUCUGACUGGUUUGCUCACUUCCAUUAUCAAGAGAAAUUACUCUUAGGUGUUUCCACUUUGCCUCUGUUGAAGGGACUUAAUAUGCGACUCUUCUUUUCAAUUGCAUGAGAAAACAUACAGUAAGGACGGAGUUGCCAAAUUCAAUACGAGAAAAACUUUUAGUGCACUUUAUCCUGCAGUCUAGUGGAGAUACAGAUAUAGUAGCAGUUUCCUUGAUCCUUCCUUUCCUUAAAGUACUUCCUUACCUAAAUAUGGUAAAUUAUCAAAAUGCAGUUAUUGACGAAAUGUGUCCUUGGCAAUGAUCGGUCCUCUGAAGUGAAAUUUAAAGAGAAAAGGGACAUCAAAAGUGUACCUGUGUGGAAUCAGACCAAGAAACCGGCUCUAAAUAAAGGCUUCCAAGCAUGCGUAGGAUAGGAAAUCAAAAUUCAUCACACUGUUCAUAUUUGAAAGGAUUUGAUGAUAUUUAAAGGUCAAAAUAGUGUAUUUGUGCUAAGAAUAUAUUUCCUUUAUAACUCUUGCACAUUGUAUCAAAUAUAGUAUAAAGUGGAGGACACAGUAACCAGAGGAAUUUGGGUAUAAAACUCUAAAUCAGUGGUUCUUAACCUGGGUUCGAUCGAAUCCUAGGGGUUCGGUGAGUCGGUCUCAGGGGUUCGGCAGAGCCUCCGCCGUGACAUGCACGGCUCAUUUUGUGCACCAGUAAAGUAAGAACCACUGGUCUAAACUGACUUGUUAAUCCUCCUUUGUUUGUGUUUGUGAACUAGUCUUCCUUCAAUCCAGCUGCAAAGAUAAAGCCCGUCUGUGACAUCAGAGCAAGACUUCAAUGAGCUGUAAAGAGGAAAUGUAUCAGAUAUGGACAUUUAUUAUCCCUGAUAUUACCUAAAUUGUGAAAAAUGGAUUAAACAGGCUGUUUUAUUUUUUAAUAAAGUGUUUUACAGUGAAAUGGCAGUAAAGCUAUGAUUGUUAGACGUGAAAAGGGAAAUGUUGCACAGUGUGCAGGAGUCCUGUAUUCCAGGCAGGUUGACUCUAUGUAUUUUGAUUAGCCAAAUUCUAAUUUACUAAGGCUAGCAGCCAAAGGCUUGUAUUAGAUUAGGCAAAGGUGGACCUGUCCUUGUCCUUAAAUGAAGGUUUGUCAGUGAUUAAGUGGGUGCCUAGACACCACGGUGACUGUGCAUUCUGCAUUGCACCCAAGGUUGCCACAUAGCAAACUGUGAGAGUGGCACUUCAGAGAGUGCUCAUGGGAUUACCAAGUUACGUCUCUCUCUCUCUUUUUUUUUUCUUUUGAAAGCUGCUAAUGAUGAAGUGUGUAUCCAAAAGAAUUUUAUUCUGUGGCCUUCACCUUCAAGAAAAGUGUUGGGAAUAUUGCUGUCUUAUUUUAGAAGCUGAAACUCGUGGUGGAUAUUGGAGAGAAAGUAUUGUAUGUGACGGUUUAAAGCAAAUGUAUUUCUUUUUGUUCUUGAGUAAAGAGUUGAUUUUUUUUCUGUUAAAUCUGUUAGUGUUUGGGUAAACACAUGGAGCCUCAAAACUGACAUAUCUAAUGAUACCAAAAAGUAGCAUUGUUAGUGCAAUACAAAUUAGAGUUUAAGAGGUUUUACUUGCUCCAACCACUCAAAUAUGGACAAAAGUAAUUGACCACACUUCUUAAUAUUUGUUCUGGUGUUUUUAGUCCCAUUGCCACAGGUGUAUAAAAUCAA